CCAUCUGUUGAGCUUGCAGCCCUGGCGGUCGCAGAAGUAGGGCUGUCGCCGGUCAUCAACAAUCCAAAUGAGCUCCUACGACGCACAGGAUACAGCUUCUGAGCAGGAGGAAACCGUCGCGCUGAAAGGCCACUUUUACGGCGUCUAUUUGUUAGCCAGUCAGAGCUUGGAUCCUCGUUACCGAGGAAAGUGCUAUGUUGGCUUCACCGUGAACCCGAAACGGCGGAUACGCCAACACAAUCUUGGUUAUGACUUCGGCGGCGCAAGGAAAACAAGCAGCAAAGGGCCGUGGCUAAUGAUAAUGAUCGUGCACGGAUUUCCGAAUAAUACAGUGGCACUCCAGUUUGAAUGGGCUUGGCAACAGCCCUCGCUUUCUACCAGACUAAAAAUGUUCCCUGAAUUAAAACGAAAGUUGCCCAGGGAGACGUUUUUUGACUACAACUUUAGAAUCCUCGGUUAUAUGCUGGAUGUUAGCCCUUGGAAUAGAUUACCACUCUCCGUUCGCUGGCUAGAAGCAGAUUAUGAAAGACCAUUUAACAUGCCAUUUCCUAACCACAUGGAGAUUGUAAGUGGAAAGGUUUCCAUAAGCGCCUCGCAACGUAUGAGAUCUUAUGAUGCAGUAGCUCCUCCACUUGUGGCGUGGGCUUCCGAGUGUCACCUUUGUAUGCAGCAAAUCGUGCAUCCGGAGAGAUCACGCCUGGGAUGCACAAAUCCAAUGUGUCGACUUACAUGCCAUAUGAUGUGCCUGGCCAAUUACCUUCUGGGCGACGAGCCAGGUCAUUACAUCCCAGUUGGAGGAGAGUGUCCGCUUUGUGAGAACCGUCUCAGCUGGGCAGCCCUUCUGCAGCGUAAACGUCUUCUCAUGGGCGUACCUGAGGAACGGCAGGAUCAUGACGAGGAUCGGAUCGACGAUGUUGGUGUGCACUGUAAUAUUGAAGAAGCCCCGGAGUUCUGCGAUUAAUUGAAGAUCCGAAUGCAUUAAUUCACAAAUGCUAAUAUACGCUAUACGUAAGCUAAAACGUUUGUUAAAGUAUCUAGGAAAACACCGUUUUAAUGCGCUCUUCGAAGUAAACAUUUCAAAUAAAAACUAAAAUAAUGUUUCCGA